AUGGCCCUCGGCAUCCCUCCGAGGGAGGUCCCGGGCCAGGCGGGGCAGAGCGUGAGCAGCGGCUCGCUCAUCGUCGACCGCGGCGACUUCGACGCCGUCUCCGUGAUCGAUGGCGGGCCGCUGGGGACGGCGUGUGCGCCCUCGCGGGCGCGCGUGACGCCCGAGCCCGUGGCCGACGCUGCUCCGAAGCCGCCCUCGGCGGGACCCCCGGCCGCGGCGGGGCCCGGGGCGACCCCGCGGCCGGGCGCCAUGGAGCACGGCGCCGCGCGGUGGCUGGACGCCUCCGAGUCUCCGUCGGAACCACUGCGGGGCCGCCCCGCGGACAGCGGGGCUGGCGGGGGCGAGCCGCGGUGUGGUUUCUGGCCGCGCGCGGCGGUCGGCGGUGUGGGCGUACUGGUGCUGCUGCUCGCCGCCCUGGCGGCCUGCCUGCCCUUUGCGUGGCGCGAGGGCGACCAGACCCCUGGGCGCAGCGUCGCUGGCGAGACGCCGGUGGAGCGGCUCGAGAGGCAGCUGCGGCUGCUGCUGGACGAGCAGCGCCUGCUGCGGGAGCGGUCGCCCGCCGCCCUGGGCGACGAGAGGCAGCUCCGCCAGCAUCCGCCUGGGGAGAGCGAGAAGCGGCUCGCCCCGCUGAUCGAGCAGGUCGAGGAGACGAUCCGCGAGCUCCGGGGCCACUCGGGCGGCACCCACUCGACCCCGAGCACGACGCUGGAGGGCGGGGGCCACAAGUUCACCCUGCACAUGUUCGACGACGAGGAGGAUGAUUCUACAUCCACGUCUGACUCGGAGAAUGCCGACCAGCACCAGGACUGCAGCAGAUGCAGCCAGGCCACCGAAGUGACCACGACCACAACCGCCAGCCCCACGACGACCACUGGCUGCACGACGCCGCAGCCGACGCUGGUUGCCGGCUGCCCCUGCACCGGCGACCAGGAGGAGCCCUCGGAGCCCACCAGCGGCAUCAGCUGGGCCUACGUCACGAUGGCCUACGACCCCCCCGGGUCGGGCGAGGAGCGCCUGCUGGCCGUGCUCGCCCUGGCCCGUGCGCUGCAGCAGCUCAGCGCAUACCCCCUGCUGGUGCUGACCAACGCCACCGAGUUCUCCGACGGCUCGCCGGUCAGGGAGAGCCUCCAGCUCGUGAACGCCGUCGUGAUGCCGCUCCUCGAGGUGGAGCUGCCUCCGCACUACAAGUUUGACUUCGACCACUGGAGGUAUGCUUACUGGAAGCUGCAGAUCUGGACCCUCACCGAUUACGAGAAGCUGAUCUGGCUCGACGCCGACAGCAUUCUGUACCGCAGCGUGGAUUGGCUGUUCCAGGAGUCGUGGAUGUGGGCUCAGAGGGACGACUGGUUUUGUGUCGGCGAGCAGAACGCCAUGUGUUCCGGAAUAAUGCUGCUGUUCCCGAGCGUGGACGAUUACAACGGUCUUCUGGAUUAUGCCAGCAGCGCGGACAUGCCGAAGGGCGACCAGCAGCUCAUCUGGGAGGGGGUCGACGGAUUUCUCCCACGUCCGGUCGCACGCGGUUGGUUUCUUGAGCGACGCGGACGCCUCUUUUGGCCGGUGCCUCGGCAAAUUCACGUCACCGUACAGCAACCCUGACGGCAGCCAGGUGGGGGGCGUCUGGAGCACGCCGGCGUUUGUCCACAAGUCUGGCGGCUGGAAGGACGAGAAUGGCAAGUACAGCAACGUUUGCUUUUCACACGUUCUGUCGAAGCAGUUUUACAAGGAGCAGCCCAGUGGCAGAAUGAUCAAUGUCUGUACCUACCACCCGCUAGGCUCGUAUUGGCGUAAUUUGUUCUGCGAGGCUACCACCAGGAUUGGGCUCAAUAUUCCCGAUGCGAAGUCCUUCUGCAGCAAUAUCUGCUGGUAUGGCCUCGAGGGGGCCUCCAGCAGCGACGAGUGCCAGGAGAGCGGCGGCGGGGCCCUCGCGGCGCCGACCCUCCCGCUGGAGUGAGCGCGCUUGCCCGCGCGCUCGCGGGGCGGGUGAGAGCCCGCCAGCACCGCCGCCGCGAGGAGGAGGAGGAGGAGGAAAUGGGAAACAGAGAGUGAUAGAGUGCGUGACAAUGUCUGCAGUUGCCUUUUUGACUGCACCUGGACCCGCGACCCUCGCUUCUACAGCACGGGGCCGUCGAAUUUGAGUUUGUAGAUGACCCAUGCCCAAUGCGCGCUCUGCCUUCAGCCAGUCGCGCGGAAGACCUGUAAUCCUGGAUUGGCUGCCAAAGCGGCUGUUCUUGCUGGUGCGGUCGACCGUCAUGUCUCUCAACUGCCGCUCGACCUCCCUCAGGCUGGCACGAUUGCUGUGAACAGUCAGGAGCGAUGCUCUCCUGAAGCUGCCACAAUCCCCGUGAACCAUCGGGGGGCGAUCAAUUCGCACUUCUGCAUGGCCGGGGCCCGGAUCUGGCGCCAGAUCGCCGCACCGUUCGCCAGUGCGCCGACAGCUACGACUCCGCCUGCCGUAUCACGCUCGCUCGUGUUGCCUUGACUGCUGCGGUUAUGCGUGCUUGCCCUCGUUCGGGGUCGACUCAUUCAGGGCCCGUUUCCCACUCGUCUGCCGCUUGUCCUUGCGGCCUCGGCGCGCCCACCGUGCGCACGAGGGGCGCCCACGGGGCGCACCCGGGCAGGCACCGCAGGCGAGGCUCCGGCGGCGCAGGAGGGCGCCCCGGCGAGGCGGCCACGGGCGCCCCCCAGCGGAGGGCAUCGUGCGACGCCCCCGCGGGCCCGCCCCGCCUCCUCCUCCCCCUCCUCCUCCUCCUCCUCCUCC